UUUACCUAAAUUUUAGUGACUGUUUUGUGAUUGACCAUACCAAAUUACCAUUAUUAAUCCUCCAUAAAAUAUUAAAAAAAUUAAAAAGGAAAUUUUUUUGGCAUCUCGCAGAAAUCGAGGAGUAAGAGAGCGGAGGCCGGACGGAGCACUUUCUUUCUAUCACUCGGUUUCUUUCUUCCCUCGAUCUCCCUCUCCAUUGGCCUUCCCAAAUCCCGUUCCUCCAUUACCAAGAAGAAGACAAGAAGAAAUCACGACAAUUCAAUCUUCUCCUCCCCGGAGCUCCCACUCCCGCUCGGAUCUUCAUCUACCCGCAUCCGUCCUUCUCCACGGUACGUUACUCGGGAACCAGUAGACUGGUACAAUUUCAAGUUUCCAAUCCGAAUUCGUGCUUCUUUCUUGAUUCAGCUUCGAAAUUGACGAUCCUCUCUCUAUUUGACCUCACCAACAGAUGCAGAAAGAUACGGAGGAGCCGGCCAGGCAGCAGGAAGAUGGUUGCGAGACUGAGACGCAGUCGUCCUCCUCAUCCGUCGCCGCCGCCAAUCUUUCUCAGUCCGAACACGAACAACCGCCGGAAGAGAAUUGGUCCAGUUUCGCCGACAACGAUAUCAUGCAACAGCACUCCGAUAUCAGGGAUGCUGAAGCCCAUAAACUGCCUUUCCUCGGCGAUAAGGAGCCUCUUUCAGCAUUAGCCGCCGAAUAUCAGUCCGGCAGUCCUAUUCUUCUGCAGAAAAUAAAGCUGCUCUCCGAUCAGUAUGCUGCCAUCAGGCGAACUCGGGGAGAUGGCAAUUGCUUCUUCCGCAGUUUUAUGUUUGCCUAUCUCGAACACAUCCUUCAAACGCAGGAUCGCACAGAAGUUGAUCGUGUCAAACUGAACGUUGAAGAAUGCAGGAAAACCCUUCAGAGUUUGGGUUAUGCUGACUUUACCUUCGAGGACUUCUUUGCGCUAUUCCUUGAGCAGUUGGACAAUGCCCUUCAAGGAAAUGAUGAUUCGAUAAGCCAUGAGGAGCUUGUAACCAGAAGUAGAGAUCAGUCAGUAUCAGAUUACAUUGUCAUGUUUUUUAGGUUUGUAACCUCUGGCGAGAUAAGAAAGCGGUCAGCAUUCUUUGAACCGUUCAUUCUGGGUUUAACAAAUGCCACAGUAGAGCAGUUUUGCAAGUCAUCAGUGGAGCCUAUGGGUGAAGAGAGUGACCAUGUUCACAUUACCGCUCUAUCAGAUGCCCUUGGGGUUCCAAUUCGUGUUGUAUACCUUGACCGCAGUUCUUGCGAUACCGGUGAAGUUGCUGUAAACCAUCAUGAUUUUGUGCCUGCUUCUGACGGUAAUCCUGCAAAGGUCACUGAAGGCACUACCAAACCCUUUGUCACAUUGCUCUACCGCCCUGGUCACUAUGACAUUCUCUACCCAAAGUGAACAACUGCUGAUUGUAGGAGAGGGGUAAGCUCUUAUUUCCAAAAGAUUACAGAUUAUCAGAGCAUCAUUUACUCUCGGCUCACAUAUUUCAUAUUUAUCUGAUCAGCAAAAUAUUAUCAUGCUCGUGUUUCUUAAGCUCUUAUCAUAUGAUGCAGACUGUCGAUAAUACCCCUGUGAAACCGUUCAGCAGUCUUUGGCGGAGUCCAAACUGUGAAAAGCUGAGACUGGCAGAUUCCUGUACCAGUGCAUGCUGUAUCAUCGAUGAACAUUCAAGUGCGUACGAACACCAUCGAUAGGGGCUAGGAGAUGUGGUCAGAAUUCUUGUGGCAGGCAUGAGUUUCAUUUCAGGAUUGAACUUUAUCCUUUGUGUCUGUCUGUCUCUGUCAUGCUGCAAUUGGCAUUUGAAGAACAAGCAUCACUUGAACUUAUGGAGUAAUGGUUUCAUGUUGACUCUAAUCAAGCUUUUGCAAAAUUGACUACAUCUUUGUUGUGGCGAGUAUCAGCUCUGUUCAAGUGGUGCAAGCGUGUUUCCUCGCAAGCUGCAACCUGCAAGUUGCUCUUUAUAAAGCUUACACAGUUCAUUGCAAGACGCAAAACCACAAAAUAAAUGUUUUAUCCCAGUUAGAGGUUCACAAUAAAUAUUCCCAUAUGAU